CGCGUGUCCCGCCUGCUGCUGCUGCAGGAGUCUCCUUUAAAACCGAUUUCUCCGCGUCACGGGGAUGCGGCUGCGGACGCCGGUCACCUAGCGUUCUGUCACCGUUUCUUGCACACCGAUUAACAGACGCCCCCCACCCAAAGAUGUCGGCACCUACAUCAGCAGCUCCACCCGCACGCUUUUUAGUUCUGUUUGAUUUUGACGAGACCAUCAUUGGUGAAAACAGCGACCAUGCGGCGGUGCGAACCCUGCCGGAUCAACAGCUCCCCGCCUGGCUGAGAAACAGCUACCGCGAAGGCCACUACAACGAGCACACGCAGAAGAUCCUGGCCUACAUGGCAGACCAGGGCGUCUCCAAGGAAUCCAUCCGCUCAGCUGUGGAGAAGAUCCCACCUGCUCCCGGCCUUUUGAACCUUUUCCAGUUUCUGCGAAGCCACCAGCAUGACUUUGAGCUGGUGGUUGUCUCCGACGCCAACACGUACUUCAUUGAAACCUGGCUGCAGCACGCUGGGGUGCGCGAGCUUUUCAGGAAGAUUUUCACCAACCCGGCCAGCUUUGACGCCUCUGGACGCCUCGUGCUUCUCCCCUUCCACUCACACUCCUGCCCCCGCUGUCCCGACAACAUGUGCAAGCAAACGAUCCUUCGGGAGUAUGUGAGAGGCCGGCAAAAGGAGCGCGGCGGAGUGCCCUUCCAGAGAGUGUUUUACGUCGGAGACGGAGCCAAUGACGUGUGCCCGACUCAGGCUCUGGGGCCGCAGGACACUGCCUUCCCCAGGAGGGACUUUCCCAUGCACCAGCUGCUGCUGGACAUGCAGCAGUCGGCCAACUUCAAGGCAAAUAUGGUUCCAUGGGUCAGCGGUGAGGACAUCGUGGAAUCUUUGAGAAAAAUACUGGGGGAGAGAUAAGAAGUGUUGUCUAUAGGUAUGAAAAAGGGAAUCAAAGUGAGGAGAAACACGGUGCUCUAAGCCAAUAACAGUUUUAGCUAAUGAAUUUGUAUGAAAACUGGACCCAGUGAGUGUGACGUCAACCAUAGACUUACUUCAAGCCACAAUUAAAGCCAAUUUAGUCGCCAUUUUUUGAGAGGGACGACAAGAUGGCGCUAUACAUCAUCGGCCACAAGCGGAAAUUAUGCAACUUGCCCUACCCCAGGGAUGGGCAGCUUCAGGCAUCAAGGGCUGAAUUCCUGCAUCUUCCUCUGGCAUGUGCUAAUUGGCUGUAUUCACCUGAAGCAGGUAAUCAGUCAUGAGGAGAGCUUGGAUGUCUGGAAAUUAUGCACUGGCCCCCAAGGCCUGGAGCUGCCCGUCCCUGCCCUAACCCAAAGCCCCAAAAGUGGUCAGAAUUGUAGAAAAAAAUCUUUCAUUAAGGCUUAAAACUGGAAAAACCAAAACGGUUAGGGUCACAUGUUAAAAUAACAUUAUCGGGGGGGACUUCCGGUGGACGUCGAUGUCUGCAGCCAGGGCCUCUUCCAUUUUUUUUCCUCGUGAUCUGCCCACUUGAAAGCAGCAUACAUGAAAUCUGUCAAUCAAACAUUUUUUGCAGUCAGUGCAUGACCUUAUACUUUCAUUGAGGCAUCUGAUUGGUCUGUUUAUAACUUAAACAACAGGAAAAACAAUGAAAAAAUAAUAGGAAAUACCAAGAACAUAGCAGAGGAAGAAUGGUUAUUCUGACAAAUCGAAUGACUGAGUAAAAGCUGUUUAUCUCUCUGUAGAAGGCCAUGGGAUUUUGGCUCCUUCCUGUUGGAAAUGCCAGGGGGAAGGAUCAAUCAGUCCAGUUCAUAUAAAGUCAAUGGCUCUGCAACAGUUUUUAAAAAAUACUUCCAGAUCAGACCUCCUUUUUAAAGUCAGUCUAGUCUGGAAGCCUUUUUGCAGGCUGCCUGAGGACACACUAACAGUGUUAUAACCAAAGUGUUGUCUUUUGUAGAGUAACAAACACCAUCGAGUUCAAAACGUAGUCCAGUCUGGAGAGACCAGAAUUGACAGGUGUGAAGCCAAAUUCCAGGACAAUAACAGUACCUGAACAUGUCCAGCCAGUCCUGAAGUCUGUGGCGAGGAAGAUGAGAUACCGUGGAGGUUUGCAAUCCAUGUUUGGUUGCAGGAGAAGAGGGCAGUUUUUUAAAAACCUGGAAAAAGGGACAAGAUUUCUUUCUGACAGCUUAUAAUGCCUUGGUCACAGCUGCUCUCACGGGUGGAUACGGACUGUCUGUUUGUGAAAAAUGGGCAAACCUGUACGGGCUACGAACAUGGCAAGCACGAAUUAUCAAGAGUUAUAAAGCACGAUUUAACCAAACUUUAGGAAAAAAGUAGCUUGGAAUCAAAUUUAGAAUGUUUUAUUCUUGAUUUUUCCACUUCGUAAGCCUGUGGAUUUAAAUUGUUCAUGCACAGGUUUUUCUACAGACAUGCUGGGAGGGACAGGUUGUAGCAGAUACUUAAGGGGGAAGGAGUUGAGGCGUAGGUGUGUCUCACUCGUGUUUCAUUUUUUCAAACCCUACAGACUGCGCAGGGAUCCCGUUAGUGCUGUUCACGUGAUAUGUGCAUUCCUGACUUGGUGGGGGAAAGAAAAUUGUGACAAAGGGGUCAUAAGUUCAAGUAAUUUCCAUUACAUACAUUUACCACACACAUGACAAUCAUACCGUUGAGGUGGCCGUGCAAGCGGGAAGGCAAGUCCGAAAAACACCUGCACUCUCUUUCGCCAAGGAUCACAAAUUCAUCUGCCACCGUGCGAUGGGGAGGCAUCGGCAGAAUCUUUAAGAUUUCAUGACACCGCCCGAUUUUUUUUCUUGGGGAGGUUGGGAAUCAUUAGCGUGGACGUGAAUCUACACGGUGGCAGUCAUUUGGGCAUCAGGGUGGUGGCAGCUGGACUACUGGCCGGCAGCAACUCUGAUUGGACAAUGUUUAAAUGUUUCUGGACGGCGGAGGUGCCGCCAGCCGCCUGGAUUGCCCGGGGAUGCAUAACACCCCUGUUGUGCGUGUUGCUUUUCUUCUAUGAAGAGUGCAGCAAGCAUAAUGCUCCGGCCUUUUCUUAUUCUUCUCAGACAUCCAUCUUCUUCCACUUGUGCGGGACCAGGUCGCAAGGGUAGCAUUUUAAGCAAAGAUGUCCAGUCUUACCUCUCCCCGACCACUUCCGAGGCGUUACCACGCCAGCCAACAGACAUAGUCUCUCCAGGGUGUCCUGGGUCUUCCCUGGGGCCUCCGCCCAGUGGGACAUGCCCGUAACACCUCCCCAGGGAGGGGUCCACCAGGUAUCCAGACUAGAUGCAGAGCCACCUCAACUGGCCCUUCUCGAUGUGGAGCAGCAGGAAUUCUACUCCAAGCUCUCCGCGAGUGACCCAGCUUCUCACCCUUAUCUCAAAGGGAGCGCCCAGCCUCCUUACGGAGGAAGCUCAUUUCAGGACCUCAUUCUUUUGGUCAUGAUCCAGAGCUCAUGACAAUAGGUGAGUCUUAGGACGAAGAUCGACCGGUAAAUUGAGAGCUUUGCUUUCUGGCUCAGCUCUCUCUUCACCACAACGGACCGGUUCAGCGCCGCAUAACAAUGGACUCUGCUCCCAUCCGACUGUCAAUCUCACGCUCCGGUCUUCUCUCAGUAGUGAACAAGACCCCACAGUAUUUAAACUCUUCCACCUGGGGCAGGAACACUCCACCCACCCAUAGAUGGCAAACUACCUUUCUCCGGUCUUCUCAGCAUCAACUGCAGUUCGGGGAUUGUGGUUGGGGACCUUGGAGACAACUCCUAUAUGUCAUUUAUCGCGCUGCUGCCUUCCUGCACACUCACCUGUCACUGGACUGCCACCACUCAACCUCCAAUUAUGUCCAUGCGGCCACAGUUAAUAUCUAAACAUCAUCCAGUCGCGGUAAAAUUUUUACUUUUUCUUAAAACCUCCGUGGCCACAGCGUGGUGUGUAAAAAUGCCACUGCGCCUCCCGAGUACAAAUGCCGCUGCGCGACUAUCUUCCCGAAUUUGCUAAAAAAAUUGCACUUAGGUCGCCGCAUGUUGGCAUAGUCUUAAAAUGCAUCUGCUUCUCUCUAUGAUUCUCUACGGGUCUGACAACACAAAAACCUACAGCGCUUGUAUGGGUCAUCCCCCCGAUGUGACUAAGGCAUAAGUUAAUUGCAAAAAAAACGAAAUGACAAGCUAGAGUCUGACUAGAAACCAGAACCUUCACUUUCCUUGUUACUUUUCCUUUAUUAUCUCUGCUGUAAAAUGUGAGUUCACAGAGGAAGUGACAUGUCACAGCUUUUUCCCGCUAUCACUUCACCCACGGAGGAGGGAUCAGGUGUUGCAGCACCUGAAACACUCGUGUUCGAGAGGGACAAAGGGCGCACAGAACGGGUAUAAGGUUGCAGAGACUCAGGCACACAAUCUGAUACCUUAUCUGGGGAUUGAUUGUAUAACGGCAAUCCACACCAGCAUGAAAUGCAGCGGGACUCCUGCAGUCAUGCGUCUGCAGUUUGACCCAAGAGGAAUGGAUAGCCUAAACCUAUACCAUCAUGAUUUCAUCAAACUUUAACCCUUGUGCUAUCCUAGGCACUUUAACAUUGGGAGUGGGGUCAUCUAGACCCACUAGACAGUCCUCUAAACCUUUUUUCUUCAAUGACAUGUAAUCUUCACUGGUGUCCAUUGAUUACAUGAAAUCCUCUUCAUCUUUAUCCACCUUUGUCGUGGUAGAGAUAACACGUCAAUGUAAGGGUGGGGUCAUCGUGACCCCAUAGAUAGCCCAAGGGUUAAGUGGAAUUUCUUAUCAGCUUGGAAUCAAAUUUAAAAUAUUCUAAAGUGUUUUAUUUUUCUGCUUGUUUACUGAUUUUUUAAAGUGUGCUAAUUCGUGCAACCUAUUGAUUGUUUCCUUAUCAAUUUACAGGUUUUAAGCAAAAACGUUUGUUUGCCGCUAAACUAAAGCUGUAAAAUGUUUAUUUGCUGAUGAAAUAUUGUGUGUUUUGCUGUAAGAAACGAAGCAGAAGUGUGAUGGAAAUGCCUUUUAACUGAUGUGUGACUUUCUCAGGGAGUAGAAAAAGGGAAUGCAUGCGCACUUUCUGGAAGCCUCUCCGAGUCUAGAUGUCAAAAAUCCAGAGCCGUGAUGAUAAAUGCUGUUUAAUACCAUCUGUUGUUAAAUCUGUUUGAAAUGGAACAUCCCAUUUUGGUUUUAGAUGGAAGUUAAUCUGUGGGUUUGUGCAAUAAUGACCUAGUUCAUGGUAUGAAAAGAGACGGAAAAGUAACCAAAUAUUUGUCAUCAAAAAUGGAUCCUCAUGAUGCGUCUGUCCUGCAACUUAAACCAAAUGAAACACACUGUAGAUUCCUGCGUCUUCAAUCCAAAAAUAAUGUGUAAAUUCAGCAUUGUGAGUGGAAUAUAAAGCCAUUACUUGACUAUGUGUGCCUGUUUUCGCUUCUUCACAGUAAAAGAAGUAUUUUUGA